CGCAGCUCAUGCAGGUGGUGAAUGUGGGUUACCUGUGCAUGGCAGUGGGAGGAUUCCUCAUAGUGAUGGGUUUUCUUGGCUGCUGUGGAGCUGUGAAGGAGAGUCGGUGCAUGUUAAUGACUUUUUUCAUCAUCAUCCUUAUUAUCUUUAUUGCGGAAAUAGCUGGAGCUGUUGUAGUGUUGGCGUUCUCCUCCUUGUCUAAGAUCUUUAUUGAGUAUCUUGGCAAUGUGGCUGUGAAAUACCUGCGAGAAGAUUAUGGUCGGAACAAUGAAAUGACUACAGUAUGGAAUACAACGAUGAAGGAGCUGAAGUGCUGUGGAUUUCAUGGAUAUGAAGAUUUCGCUAACUCCACCUACUACAGGGAUAAUCGCGAGUUUCCUCCAAUCUGCUGUGCCGACAAGAGCCCCUGCCAGGAGUCUAGUAUCAGCCCUCUGAUCAAGGGUUGCUUAUCCUCUUUUGAGUCCUUCCUAUCUCAAAAUGGGAAGAUUGUUGGAGGAGUUGCUCUCGGAAUUUGUGGUCUGGAGCUUGCAGCCAUGAUUGUCUCGCUCGUGUUGUUUUGCAAAAUCAGCAAUAAGUAA